CGAAUAGUAUUAUCAUGGUAUAAUACUUAUAUUAUAUAUAUAUAUUUAGGCCUGUUCAACAGUUUAAACAUACAUUAUCAUGGUAUAAGUAUUACUGUUUCAAGGUAAAACACCAAAUAGGCUACUCUGUGCUAUAGGGGUUACAUGAACAGUAUAACAGAGACCCCCAUUUUCAACCCUUAUCCGAAAAAUCCUUUAAAUUUGAGAAGUAGCCUAUUGAUGAGAGAUAAAAACACUACGUGAGGGUCAAGCAAUGAGGAUGUUUGCUACCUGAAACCUCCAAUGACUGAUUUGGUUGUCCAGUUACAAAGACCAAUACGAUAUGCGAACCCCCUGACGUGUGCCUUCAAAGAGCGGGACCUGUACAAUUUACAAUGUAUUCUGCGAGAAUUCAGGGCAUGAUGGGCAUUGUUUGUUGACAAUUGUUUAAUUGUAUCCAUUAAAUGCAGCUUCUUUCUUUCCACUCCUGAUCACAUACUGUAAAUCUGUGCCUUGAAAUUAUGGUACAGACAGUCCUGCCACACUUGUCAAUUAUGUCACUACAAUUACACAUAAUCUGCUGAACCACGUUUAUAUCGCGCAAGUAUUCAAAAUUAACAUAUCUAUAUUUGUACUUUUGUAGGCCUAUUUCUGAAAAUCUACUUAAAAAACGGACCGCUUCAGUAAAAGCCAUUCCUAGCUUGCAGCACCCAGAAGUGAACAGAUGGCGACCCGGAAGGUCUGAAGUAACUCCGACUGAAGACAAGCAAAAAUAACCUUUUAUCAAAUAUAAUAAAAUCUACAAUCGAGGUGUCAGGUUUGUAUACAUUUGUUUCCCGAUUAUAUUCUGCGUGGCAUUCUAAAAACGUUCGGCUGCCUCAAUGCUAUUUUGAAAGCAGUUAUUGCUACCAUUUCAGUCGUAAAAAGUUACCAACAUAAAUAAUACUAGUGUAUUACCAAUCCAUUUUUGAAUAUGGCAACAUUCUAGUUCUAUUAUGAAUGUAGCAAAAAUAAUUCGCCAGAUGAAAUGCAGUUAUGCUUGCUACUUCGGGAAUAAAUUGUGGAUUUGGAUAGCGAACAGUUACCGUAACGCAUUGCAUUUUGCAAUGCAUGCUUUGUUGUGGGAAGUGUCUUAUUUUUUUUAUUCCUCGAGCCGGGCUAUUCAAACCUGUACAUCUAAGUAAACAAUCAUUCGAACACUUAAUACAAAUAAACGGAUGACACAUUUGCAUGCAUCGAGUCUCGUUUUUAAUUGUGGGAUCUGUAAAUGUGGGAUCUGCAGAAUAUGGCGUCCCGACCUUACAAAAAUAAGACAGGCUGCCAUUUUUGUUUUCCUUUUGUCUGAAAUGUUUUAAUAAAACUGUCUGAGAAUGUGGGAGAGGCAUUGGAGCGAGGCACAAGCUAUGGGGAUUGGAGUUGCUCUGCAGUCAAAAUGCACCUUAUUGGAUGUUUUUAUGUGUUUGCACUUUAGGUUCUAAAGGUAUUGUUUUUAUCUGGAAAUAAACGCUGAUUUACCGAUAGAAUAAAGGACCAAAUGGCUGAACCUCGUUUUAAUAAUCCCUACUUCUGGCCUCCACCCCCCACCAUGCCUGGGCAGAUGGAUAAUAUUGUGUUGAUCAACAAGAUCAAGGAACAGCUGAUGGCUGAGAAGAUCAGACCACCCCACCUGCCGCCUUCCACAGUUCCCUCCCCUCAGCAACGACUGGGGAAUCCUACACAGACAGGAGGUGGGCAGCAAGUCCAGAUGUCAGUACAGAAACUGCAGCAGAUGCAACAAGGUCUCCAUGUCCACAGCUCAUCCCAGCCAGACAUUGCCCUGCACCCCCGGACGGGCUCCAGCUCAGUCGCAGGACGUAUUCUUGGUGAUGUAAAUUUGAAUCUGGACGAUAAGACGGCUAUAAAAGCAAGAGGAUUGUGGGAAGACUGGCAUUUGCGUCAAAUCAUUGACCAACCCUCUAGAACGAAUCACCUAUCAGGUCUGGCACUUUCCUCUCGAACUGGCAACCAUAACACCUCCAUCACUCUGACCACACCCACCUCCAACAGCCAGAGCCAGCUAGGCGGAGCCCUCUCGCCUCAUGUCCUCUCCAGCUUGGCCAGUGGCCCUGGGAUGGAGCAAAUCAAAAGUAACGGGGGCCUUGCUGGACUGCUGGGGCGAGGGCGUAAGAAGAUAAAAGCAGAGAACAGUGGUGGCCCUCUGUUGGUGGUGCCUUACCCAAUCCUCGCUUCAGGCAACGACCAAUCCUGCCACAACAUCAUCCCCAAAGAGGGCAAAUGCUACAGGUGUAAAUUGUGCCCACUGACCUUCUUCUCCAAGUCAGACAUGCAGAUGCACUCCAAGUCCCACACAGAGGUCAAGCCACACAAGUGUCCCUACUGCUCCAAAUCUUUCACCAACGCAUCCUACCUGGCCCAGCACCUCCGCAUUCACCUGGGUGUCAAACCUUAUCACUGCUCUUACUGCGAGAAAUGCUUCCGUCAGCUCUCCCACCUGCAGCAGCACACAAGAAUUCACACUGGGGAUCGGCCCUAUAAAUGUGCCCAUCCAGGUUGUGAAAAAGCCUUCACCCAGCUCUCCAAUCUGCAGUCUCACCAGAGACAGCACAACAAAGACAAGCCCUACAAGUGUCCAAACUGCUACCGUGCCUACUCGGACUCAGCCUCAUUGCAGAUUCACUUGUCUGUGCAUGCCAUCAAAAACGCCAAGGCCUACUGCUGCAGCAUGUGUGGCAGAGCCUACACCUCAGAGACCUACCUUAUGAAGCACAUGUCUAAACACACGGUGGUGGAGCACCUGGUGAGCCAUCACUCUCCACAGAGGACAGGGUCUCCUAAUAUCCCCAUACGGAUAUCCCUCAUCUGAGCAAUUCACCUUGACACCCUACCCCUGACCCUCAUGGAGGAACCCCCUGUAAGGUCACCCCUCCACUUUAGCGUAAUCAAUCCUAGAUAUGGGAUUUUAUUUGUUUGUUUUCCCCUAUGCGGGUUCCAAAAAUGUGCCAGACUGUAUUUGUACCUUUUCAAAAGAUGCCAGACUCUUUUUAUUUAUUUUUUGUAUUUUGUGGUUGGGGAAUGUUUGGGACAUCCAAAAAUGAUUUUACAGCACUUUCAGGCCUCAUGGUAGAGUAAAAACCUUUUUGGCCUAUGCUAAGACAUUAAAAAGCAUUGCUCCAGGCAGCUAAAAACAUUCACCCUAGGUGUUAUAAAGCAUUAAAUGACCACUUUUUUAUAUUGUUAUUCUCCCUUUACUCUUUGCAAAAGUAUAUUUGCAUUGGGAACUUUUGUCUUCCUUUUAGUUAGGCCAAGAAGAUGAAUAGCUAAAUCCUUUAUUCAAGCAUUUUUUGUACCAAUCCUAAUGUCAAUGUUUGCAUCAUUUUGUUACUUAAAAAGAAAAUGUUCUCAAGUAAGCUUUAUCACAUUUAAGUAUGUCUUUUAGACAACAAUGCACACAAAAUACUUUCCAAUUGGAGGGUCAAUACCUAUGUGUUAUUGUUGUAGUUGUAUUUUUCAUCUUGUUAUUGUCCAUGGUAUUUAAAAGGAAACUGUUCAAGGCUAUCCUGAAGAGCACUAAAAUAUAUAUUUUGAAUCAGAUGCUGAUAUUUGUAGAACCUUCAAUGUUUUGGUUUGCUGAAUUGAUAAGCACUGCCAUGUAUUGAAGAAAUGAAAUGGUCCAUUAUGGAAUUGACAUACAGUGCAUUCGGAAAUGAUUCAGACCCCUUCCCCUUUUCUACAUUUUGUUACGUUACAGCCUUUUCUAAAAUGGAUUAAAUCAAAUCUACACGCAAUACCCCAUAAUGACAAAGCGGA